GCGCAUGCUCUCCGGCGCCCCGCACUAAGAUGGCCGCUGCCUCUGUCGGCGCGGCCGUCGCGAGGCGGCAGUUGGUGGGCAUGCUCCCUGAGUGCCUCGCACCGGCAUGGCUGCCGCCUUCACACGAGUGACUGUAGUUCUCGGCUUCCGGUCUUAGCGGGCCAGCGCUUAUUUCCCUGCUAGAAGCUUGGUGGAGCCGGGGAGAGGUGCGAGGUGAACGGUGAGAGGGAACCGCGAGCAUCCGCUCCGGCUCCUGACCGAGAAGAUGGCCGAGGGUGAGCGGCAGCCGCCGCCAGAUUCUUCAGAGGAGACCCCUCCAGCUACUCUGAACUUUAUCAUUCCAAAAAAGGAGAUCCACACAGUUCCAGAUAUGGGCAAAUGGAAGCGCUCUCAGGCAUAUGCUGACUACAUCGGCUUUAUCCUUACCCUCAAUGAAGGUGUGAAAGGGAAGAAGCUGACCUUCGACUACAAAGUCUCUGAGGCCAUUGAGAAGCUGGUGGCACUUCUUGAUACGCUGGAUAGGUGGAUUGAUGAAACCCCGCCAGUGGACCAGCCUUCCCGAUUUGGGAACAAAGCCUACAGGACCUGGUAUGCCAAACUUGAUCAGGAAGCAGAAAACUUGGUGGCCACAGUGGUCCCCACUCACCUGGCUGCCGCUGUGCCUGAAGUGGCAGUUUACCUGAAGGAGGCUGUGGGGAACUCCACACGAAUUGACUAUGGCACAGGACAUGAGGCUGCCUUUGCUGCUUUCCUCUGCUGUCUCUGCAAGAUUGGUGUGCUCCGGGUGGACGACCAGGUGGCUAUUGUCUUCAAGGUGUUUGAUAGGUAUCUUGAGGUUAUGAGGAAGUUGCAGAAGACAUACAGGAUGGAGCCUGCAGGCAGCCAGGGCGUAUGGGGUCUGGAUGACUUCCAGUUCCUGCCCUUCAUCUGGGGCAGCUCACAGCUCAUAGACCACCCCCACUUGGAGCCCAGACAUUUCGUGGAUGAGAAGGCAGUGAGUGAGAACCACAAGGACUACAUGUUCCUCCAGUGCAUCCUGUUCAUCACUGAGAUGAAGACCGGCCCCUUUGCAGAGCACUCCAACCAGCUGUGGAACAUCAGUGCUGUCCCCUCCUGGUCUAAAGUCAACCAGGGCCUCAUUCGCAUGUAUAAGGCAGAGUGCCUGGAGAAGUUCCCUGUGAUCCAGCACUUCAAGUUCGGGAGCCUGCUGCCCAUCCAUCCAGUCACAUCAGGCUAGGAGAGGCUGGUCUACCAGAGCCACCCUGGCCAGUUUCCUGUGCCCUCUCUGAUCCAGCACCCCUUCCGCCCACCUUCUGUUCUUUCUGUUUGAUGAGAGGCUGUUUACUGAGACGGGUGCUAAGUAGGGCCUGAGUUGGGGGAAUUGACUAAAGUAUGGCCAGUUUUUGA